AUGAGUGGUCCAAAAUUACAAGAGGAGAUGGAGGAGUUUUUACUCUCCAAUGGCUACCAGCUGGGAAAGACCAUUGGGGAGGGAACAUACUCAAAGGUGAAAGAGGCCUUCUCAAGAAAGCACCAGCAGAAAGUGGCAGUUAAAAUUAUUGAUAAAAAGGAAGGUCCAGAAGAGUUUAUCCAGAGAUUCCUGCCUCGAGAGCUCCAGAUUGUCAAACGCUUGGAUCACAAGAACAUCAUCCGCGUGUACGAAAUGCUGGAGUCCGACAGGAAGAUCUACUUGGUGAUGGAGCUGGCAGAGGACGGGGACGUCUUUGACUGCAUCCUGCACAAAGGCCCACUGCCCGAGAGCCGCACCAAGGCGCUCUUCCACCAGCUGGUGGAGGCGAUCCGUUACUGCCAUGCAUGCGGUGUCGCGCACCGGGAUCUCAAGUGCGAGAAUGCCUUGCUGCAAGGCUUCAACUUAAAGCUGACAGAUUUUGGGUUUGCCAAGCUGCUUCCCAAGAAUCGGAAGGAGCUGAGCCAGACGUUCUGUGGCAGCACUGCCUAUGCAGCGCCCGAAGUGCUCCAGGGGGUGCCUCACGACAGCCGCAAGGGGGACAUCUGGAGCAUGGGUGUCAUCCUUUACGUUAUGCUGUGCGCUGGCCUUCCCUUUGAUGACACCAACAUCCCCAAGAUGCUGUGUCACCAGCAGAAAGGCAUCUCCAUUCCUGGGCACUUGGACAUCUCAGAGGAAUGUCAGGAUCUCCUGAAAAGCCUCUUGGAGCCAGACAUGAUACUGAGACCUUCCAUUGAAGAAGUCAGUUGGCACCCAUGGCUGGUGAGCUCUUAA